GAAGAAGAAGAAGAAGGAGAAGAAAAAGAAGAAGUUUAAGCGAGAUGAACAACACGGACAGACGGGUAUUAUGUCGUUGUCGCCUCAAAUCGGUUGACGAAGACGCGGUUAAAAAAAAUACGCCAACAUGGCGACGAGAAAACUGAGGCGAGCCGGCGUCUCCGAGGAGAUGUGUGAGCAACUGAAGCGACAUCACGUGGAGACCUGUAAGGACCUGCUGUCUCUGACCGCCGUCGAGGUGAUGACCGCCGCCGGGCUGAGCUUCCGCGGGGCCUCGGAGCUGCUGCGGUCGGUGAGCGGAGCCGUCGCACCGCCCGUCACCACGGCUCUGGAGCUGUGGAGGCGGCACUCCUGCUUCCCCACGUCGCUGCCGGCUCUGGACAGGCUGCUGAGGGGCGGCCUGCCCCGGGGGAGCCUCACGGAGGUGGCGGGCCCCUCCGGCUGCGGGAAGACGCAGAUGUGCCUGAUGCUGAGCGUCUUGGCCACGCUGCCGGAGAGCGAGGGCGGCCUGGACGCCGGCGUGAUCUACAUAGACACCGAGGCCGCUUUCUCCGCCGAGAGGCUGGUGGAGAUCGCACGCAGCCGGUUCCCAGACCGCUUCACCUGCAAGGAGAGAGUCCUGCAGAUGGCCGGGCGGGUGCACCUCUUCAGGGAGCUCACCUGUCGAAACGUCCUGGACAGGCUGGACAGGCUGGAGGAGGACAUCAUCUCAACCGGAGCGGGUCUCCUCAUCCUGGACUCCGUGGCCUCUGUGGUGAGGAAGGAGUUUGACACAACGUUGCCCGGCAACCUGAUGCACCGCAGCGACAUGCUGGGCCACGAGGCCUCCGCCCUCAAGUACCUGGCCCACCAGUUCAACAUACCUGUGGUUCUCACCAACCAGGUCACGACCCACGUGGGCGGUGAAGGGCCGGAGGGGAACACCGGGUUUGUGACCGCCGCCCUGGGGAACACGUGGAGCCACAGUGUCAACACGCGUCUUAUUGUCCAGUACGCGGAGUCGCGACGGAGACAGAUACUGAUAGCCAAGUCCCCCGUGGCUCCGUUCGCUGUGCUCAACUACACCAUUGAGACGCAGGGGAUCUGCAUCGAUGGGGAGGACGCUCAGGAGGCCUCGUACGAGGGCACGGACCCAGGCCUCCAACCUAUCCGGGUGCAGACGGAAUUCAACUGCAACCUGACCAAACCUGUGGACUUAACUGGACAAACGCAGCAAUGACACACACACACACACACGUGUGUGUGGCCACACAGUGUGAGACGGUUACUCGAUUAAAGCCAAUACAUAAUCCCAACUGACUUGUUGCAUCACAUCACAUUAAACGGCCUUAUCUUAGGAUACAGAUAUCCCAGUAUAAAUAUACAGGAUGUGCAGAUGUCAGCCUUUUGGUUUAAAGUUUUUAACUUGUUAUGGGUGCAAUAAAGUAACAACAAACAAAAGCACUGAAAAAGCAAAUUUGUUAUAUACUUUUGCCGGAUCCACCUGUGGCCUUAAUUUAAAUAUGUUAGAACUUUGAUAUUUUACUUAAGCAAAAGUAGUACAACAUUAAGUUCAGGUACAGCUACAAACUUAAUGGUGGAGAAAGUGCAACAAACACUAAAAGAUACCUUGACUUAAAUGUUAUAAUACAGAAUAGUAAUGUAUAUAUUCAGAAGAUUUAUCUGUCAUAGCUGCACGUUUGGAGGAAAGGAAAAGGAGGUACUGAAGACCCGGUAUUCUCGUUGUACACCAGCAGGUGGCGCCAUAAGCCAGUUACUGCGGCGUUCGCUUCCCUCUGGAUUAACGGAGCUGUCGUUGCACGCUGCAGCUACCGGCCGCUUGGUAGCAAUCCAACUGUCAAUUGGACAGUUUGGGAAGAGACGUCAUCAAUAAAAGGAUGAAAAGAUCGCUCACGAAGACAAUUCAUCACCUGUCUGAACCAUGUCUGUUCCUCCAUACGUUCUCCGUGUUUAAGUCCAGCGAUACUUGAUUAUAAUGUGUCAAUCGAUCCUUUAUCAGUAAACGCCGUGAUUGUGUUCUUUGCUGCGCCAACAUCACCUGAUGAUUAAACAAAUGAAAAAUGAUGUGCAGUCGGUCUCCGGUGUGACGUCUUUCUGAGCUCUGCAAGAACCGACCAAAUAACCGUCCUUAUGCUACAAAACGAAUACACAUCCCUCGUAUUGGUAUUAAACGUGUGCAUAACGUACCUUUCAUUGUUUAAUUAGCUGGGAGAUUCAACUGAAACUCCUCCAAAAAAAAAUAAUCUGUAUCUUAAGAUAAAAAUUCAAAAACAAUCACGUUAUAGUAGCAACUAGUGUUUCAAUUGUUACAAUUUCAUGACUUUGUUAUUAAGAUACUAGUCAUGUUUGUUCCUUAUUCGGAGACAUUCUCUUGGUAACACCUGCGCGUAUUUAAA